CAAAUUUAUUGAUUGAUUGCCAGUUGGAUAAAUUAAUUUUAAUAUCAGAAAAAUACUUUUUUGCCCCUUUUUAAGAAAAAAAGCGAGAGAGAGAGAUAAGAAACAGAGGAGUUUUUAGUAGAGAAGGCAGAGGCUGAGAUUACCAAAUUGAAUGCUUUACCAAACUCUCAAAACUAUCUCUUGACUCUUUUUUUUUUAUCUCCUUCUCCUUCUUCUUCUUCUACCUCUUCUUCUUCUCACCACCGUUCCUUCAUCCUCUCUUGUCCUUCCCCUCUUUGUCUCAGGCCUUUGAUAGGAGAUGGAACGUGUUGAAGCAGCGUUGAAGAGCAGUGUCAGGAAAGAGAUGGCUUUGAAAACGACUCAGCCGGCUUACGAGGACCUACUCUCCGUCACCACCGUUCAGACUGGCUUUCCCACCGACGAUUUCUCCGUCGACGACUUGCUUGACUUGUCAAACGACGAAGUUUUCGCCGAAGAUGAGCCUGAACUCAAGGCUCAACAAGAGAUGCUCCGUGUCGACGACGGAGACGCUCUUCGCCGGAGCAAUGAUUUCUCCGGCUGCGACGAUUUUGCCUCUCUCCCUCCAAGCGAACUCUCCGUUCCGGCGGAUGAAUUAGCGGACCUUGAGUGGCUAUCCCAUUUCGUUGAGGAUUCCUUCACGGAACAUUCUGCUCCAAAUCUCACUGGAACCCCGACAGAGAAACCGGCGUGGUUAACCGGUGACCGGAAACACCCUGUGACCCCGGCCACGGAAGAGUCGUGUUUCAAAUCCCAUGUUCCGGCUAAAGCCCGUAGCAAACGGAACCGGAAUGGAGUCAAGGUCUGGUCGCUUGGCUCGUCGUCCUCUUCUUCGGGUCCUUCGUCGUCUAGUUCGACCUCCUCCUCCUCCUCUUCGGGUCCUUCGAGCCCGUGGUUCUCCGGCGCUGAGCUCCUCGAUCCAUUCGUCACGUCGGAUAAACCGCCAGUUCCCAAAAAGCAUAAGAAAAGGUCGGCAGAGUCCGUUAACAGUGGUCAGUUGCUGCAGCAGCAGCCAUCUCGACGGUGCAGCCACUGUGGCGUUCAGAAAACGCCGCAGUGGAGAGCAGGACCAAAGGGAGCCAAGACGCUGUGCAAUGCGUGUGGUGUUCGGUAUAAGUCGGGUCGGUUGCUACCAGAAUACAGACCCGCUUGUAGCCCGACAUUCUCAAGCGAGCUCCACUCAAACCACCACCGGAAAGUCAUGGAGAUGCGGCGGAAGAAGGAGCCGACCGACGACAACGCAGCCGAUUUAAACCAGAUGGUUCAGUCCCCACAAGCUGUACCAAGUUUUUGAAGAAAUAGGGCCUUAAAAUUAGAGCAGGGAUUUAGGAUCCGACCCGGUUUAGUCAGUUUUAGACCCAAGUUAGUUUCUCAUUGACUUGUUUUUGUAUAUUACUUUCAUUUUUUUUUAGCAUUUACCUUCGUCUUUCUAUGUUACCUUACCGUAGUUUGAUUUUUCAUGCUAGGAGUCUUGGUAAGUUCUUGGUAAUUGAUAAGGUCAAAAACUCAUGUUGUAUUGUACUCGUUCGCAUUAGUUUUUUUGUUUUUCAGUUAAAUGUUUUUCCAUUUCAAUGUUCUGCGUUAUAGCAGCGUCGAGUUAAUUUGAAACCGUUCGAAUUGGGGUACAACUUUAAUGUUAAG